CGAGCUAAAAUGAAUCCACCGCCUUCCCGUGGGCGCGCCCCCUCGCGAUUUGUGCGUGGGCGUGGUCGCGGAGGAGGAGCCUAUCGUCCGUACUUCUACUUUCGGCGCAAUGGACGUGUGAUCCCAGCCGGAGGCAAUGGACAACCCAACCAGGGGGAACAAGGAGCACCAGACGCUCCAUCUGUUUCGCCUGCAACCCGGCAACCCAGGGGCUGGAACCGCCCAGGCAGCAAGCGAGGACGCAAUGGUCACUUAGACUGCAGCUUUCUGCGGCCGGAAAACUACGCCGCUCCGGAAGACGGACUCCAGGUGCAGAGUAUUGCGGUGGACAAUCCACGGGCUUAUCCAGGCUGGCGGCUGUACUUCUUGCGCGAUAAAUACGAGGAGGGCAACGAGCUGGCUGCAAGAGUAAUGGCCGUGGAGGCAUACUACCAACGUAAUCCUCACACAUUCGAUUUCGUGAUGAUACGGGAGCGGGGAUUCUUUCCCCUCUCCGCACCCGGCAUUAUAUCGGAUGCCCAGCUGAAGGAGGUUUGGCCUAGUUUGUCGGAAGAUAUCCGGGAGCACCCUCUUCGCACGCUGGGCACCCUUUCGUUGGCCAUGCACACUGUGGUUGUCAACCACCUGCUGGACUGUAAUGAUACCACCACGGCUAUAGCCCCCACUCCGGAACAGUACGUCCCUCCAAACUCGCGAUUACGCAAGAUCUACGCACGACCGGAGGAUUUUGUGCCCGUGGAAACAAUAGAAGGAAUCAGCCAUACCCGUGUAGACACUUUGUUUUCCAUCCGGGGCGCUGUAAGCAAUGUGGGCGAGCCCAGCUACAGCCUCACGUGGCAAGCCUUUCGCUGCAGCCGCUGCCAGAUGGAGAUGGCAAUGCGCCAACGCGGAACCUUCCAGCCACGUCCGUAUCAAUGCAAGCGAUCGGAGUGCGUGGCUCGUGACGAAUUCGUGCCUCUUCGCAACUCUCCAUACACCAGGCUUUCAAUUAGACAGAUUAUCCGCGUGGAGGAGUCCAGUUUGGGCUUGGUCCAUGACUUUGAGACCAGCAUGCCUGCGGAAAUGGACGUGGAGCUGCGACAUGAUCUAGUAGAUGCGGUGCGCGUUGGGCAGGAGGUCGUGAUAACUGGCAUCCUUAAGCUGCAGGAAUUGGGCGACGAUACUGCUACAGGAGACGCAUCCAACCAGAUGCAGCCUUAUCUCAAGGCAGUCAACAUUCGGGAUGCGGGUAGCAUAAAGCGGGAGUUUAGCGAACGUGACUUGGAAGCCAUUGCUAUGAUCAAUGCGGAAACCAACAGCUUUAGGCUUCUGGUGCAAUCUAUUGCUCCGGAGGUGUACGGACAUGAGCUACCCAAAGCCGCCUGUUUGCUAUCCCUUCUCGGAGGCAAAGAAGCAGAGUCCGAAGCCAUAAACGUGCUCCUGGUUGGUGAUCCCGGCAUCGGAAAGACCAAGAUCCUGCAAAGUUGCGCUCAGAUCGCAGAACACGGGAGCCACGUAAGUGGAAAACGUGGGGCACAAUCUGCACAACAGCUGGGUGUUACGUUUGCUGGGCGGAACAAGCGUGUGCUACAGGCCGGUUCCUUGAUGAUGGCCAGUGGUGGCGGUCACUGCACCCUCGAUGAUGUGGAUAAACUUGCCUCCAAACAGACGGUACUGUUGCAGUGCCUACAAUCAGAGGAAGUUAAUCUUCCACUUCCAGGAGCCUUUGCCUCAUUCCCGGCGCAACCUUCGGUGAUAGCGUGCGCAAAUCCACAAAGGGGACAGUACGACGAGGGGCGCUACCUCCUGCAAAACAUAAAUAUUACACCCUCCUUGCUCCGCGAGUUCCAUUUAGUCUACAUAUUAUUGGACAAGCCUUCGGAGAGAGAUAUGUCGCUGACAGCACAUGUAAGGGCUCUCCACGCGGGGGCCAAGAAGCGAGCCAGAAUUGCAGCCCGCUAUGCUCUUAAGCCCAAGAUGAGCGACUCUAUGUGCGAGGCGACAUUUAAUGUGCCGGCAGCGGGAAAAGAAGAUGACACAAUGAAAACGGAGGACGAUAAUGAUAGCAUCAUGCAGCAGGAUUACGAUCUAGACAAACGUCUGGAGGUACUCCCAGUGGAGGGAGACUUGGACCUGCUGCCACCCAUAUUGAUUAAGAAGUUCUUGUCCUAUGCCCGCCAGGAAGUAAAUCCGGGCCUAAGCGAGGAGGCCAGCAAUGCUAUUCUGAGAUACUUCGAAGAGCUUGAAGGAAGCAGCCGAUUGGAUGAAAGCGACUCCAUCCAGAUUGGCGCAGGACAACUUCUUGGGAUAAUUCACCUGUCCCAGGCGCGCGCUCGUCUGGAUUUGUCCCACGUCGUCAGUCCACAGCAUGUACGCGAUGUGAUCGCCCUGCUGACCGAGAGCAUCACCCAGACCAGCCUCAAGGCGGACUCCAGCAGGUCCGGAGCUCGCGGAGGAGGCAGCGCUAGAGGAGCAGCCGGAAGGAGCGCUCAACUGCGCAAUUUUGUGGAGCUUAUGAAAAAGCGCUCGGCGGCUUUGGGACGACGCAUCUUCGAAUUCGAUGAGCUAAAGGAAAUCGGAACCCGGGCUGGCAUUUUGACCGGCUUGAGCCAGAUGGUGGAAAUGGCAAACCUGGGUGGCUAUUUGCUCAUGAAGGGCGCAAACAUGUACGAAGUGGUUCCGGACUGAGUAAAUGACAAGCGAGAGUGCCAAUAUUUGGCUAUUGUCUGUGGUUUUUUUCUGGUUAACUAUAGUUAAGUGGGUUCUAAAAUGACCCAAGUCGUCUAGAAAUAAAUAGUAAAUAUUAUGAUACAAAUUUUUCUGUUCCUAGUUAUGUUUUUUUUUUUAGAAGUUUAAUACAAUUAGCAUACUUUUGGGGCCAUAUCAAUACCCGCUUUUUCAUAUUCUGAAU